GUCAGCCAACAGUGGGCGUUCCACGUAGUAGUAAUCACAGUCAAAACAUUGCUUUGACGUCAACUAAACUGGCCGAAUUUCAUUACAACCUCAUAACAGACACUGCAACGAGAAGAGUCUUUUGGAAAGGAAAAACAACAAUAAUCACCCAUGCUGAAAGCAGUGAUACUGAUUGGUGGCCCUCAAAAAGGGACCAGAUUCCGGCCACUUUCUUUGGACACACCAAAGCCAUUAUUUCCUGUGGCUGGUCUACCAAUGAUCCAGCACCACAUUGAGGCCUGCGUAAAAGUGGAGAACCUCAAAGAAAUAAUUAUUUUGGGCUACUACCCCGUAUCAGAACUCGCACAAUUCAUCAACGAUAUGACUCAGGAAUACAAAAUCAACAUUCGGUAUCUGCAGGAGUACACCGCUCUCGGCACUGCUGGUGGAAUCUACCACUUCAGAGACCAAAUUCGUUGCGGGAAUCCUGAGGCGUUUAUUGUCUUAAACGGCGAUGUCUGCGCCGAUUUCCCCUUGACGGACAUGGUCGAAGCGCACAAGGCCAGAGAAAGCAGUGCCCUGAUCACAGUGAUGGCGACUGAGGCCACAAGGCAGCAGUCCCUCAUCUACGGAUGCAUCGUUGAAGAUAAAACAACCAACUCCAUAACGCAUUACGUGGAAAAGCCUUCCACGUUCGUCUCUCCGCUAAUCAAUUGUGGUGCCUACGUAUGUUCGAUCGCCAUUUUCCAAAUCAUCGCUGCAGCUUUUACAAAGAAACAGGAACAAUACUACAGUGAGGGUCAUGAAAACGGCAAUGGGGUUGCCGGUAAGGAGGCCAUCCAGCUGGAGCAGGAUAUUUUGAUGCCUUUGGCGGGCACAGGUCGUGCGUUUGUCUACACCACGACCAGGUGGUGGUCUCAGCUGAAGACGGCAGGCUCUGCGAUCUACGCCAACAGACACUACCUGCAGCUGUACAGGAAGCAAGGCCACGCUGAGCGCCUCAUGCAAGGCGACCAACCCAAUGUCAUUGGCGACGUCUACGUCCAUCCGACAGCUUCUGUUCACCCCACAGCUGUGCUUGGACCAAAUGUGAGCAUUGGACCCAACGUAGUGGUUGGACCUGGUGCCAGGAUUCGAGAGUCUAUUUUGCUGGAGGGUGUGCACAUUGAGGACCAUAGUGUCAUUCUCCAAAGCAUCGUCGGCAAGAGCUGCACUGUUGGCGCCUGGGCAAGGGUCGAGGGCACGCCAUGUGAUCCCAACCCUAACAAGCCUUUCGCCAAAAUGGAUAAUGUGCCGCUUUUCAAUGCCGAUGGAAGACUCAACCCUUCCAUUUCUAUAUUAGGUUGCAACGUGUCUGUUCCUGCAGAAGUCAUUCUUCUCAAUUCCAUAGUGCUGCCAUACAAAGAGCUGACCAGAAGCUUCAAAAAUGAAAUAAUUUUAUAAUGCUGUGCAAUCCUUGUGUGUUGUGUUUUACAAGAGCUUUAUUUUCAAUGGUUGUUAUUAAAUAAAAAAUGCGAGUGAUUAUCAAGAAUA